GUGUGUGUGUGAGUGAGUGUGUGAGAGUGUGUGUGUGAGAGUGUGUGUGUGAGAGUGUGUGUGUGUGUGUGUGUGAGAGUGUGUAGGGAUGAAGGUCCAGUUCGCUCCGCUGAACAUCCCGGUGAGGAGGCGCCUCCAGACCGCCGCGGUGCUGCAGUGGGUUUUCUCCUUCCUCGCGCUCGCUCAGUGCUGUCUGGCGGCGUUCGUGCUGCUCUGCGUCAGUGAUUGGUGGAUUUUGGCUGCGCUGUAUGCUGGUUGGCUAUAUUUAGACAGGGACGCGCCCACAAGUGGAGGUCGAAGGUCACACUGGGUCAGGAGCUGGACUAUGUGGAAAUACUUCAGGGACUAUUUCCCCAUCUCGUUGGUGAAGACGGUGGAUUUGGACCCUAAAUGUAAUUACCUCUUUGGAUUUCACCCUCACGGUGUUCUGGUGGCUGGUGCUUUUGGGAAUUUCUGUACGGAAGCAUCACGGUUUUCCGAGCUGUUCCCGGGUCUCACCCCGUACCUGCUCAUGCUGCCCUUCUGGUUCCGAGUACCUUUUUUCAGAGACUACAUCAUGUGUGGAGGGUUGGUAUCGAGUGAGAAGGCAAGUAUGAGUUAUCUGCUCAGUCGUCCAGGGGGCGGGGCUGCGGCGGUGGUAGCAGUGGGCGGAGCUCCAGAGAGUCUGGAGGCGCGGCCUGGAGCACUGACUCUACAACUACUGCAGAGGAAAGGCUUCAUCAAACUCGCACUCAAACACGGAGCAGUGUUGGUUCCUGUGUUCUCCUUCGGGGAAAAUGAGCUGUUCGAUCAGAUGGAGAACCCUGUAGGCUCCGCCCUCCGCCGGGUUCAGGACCGCCUCCAGAGGAUUAUGGGUGUGGCUUUGCCUCUGUUUCACGCCAGAGGAGUGUUUCAGUACAGCUUCGGCCUGUUACCCUAUAGAAAACCUAUACACACAUUGGAAGGCCGAUAUCAGUCGAUCAGAAUCCGAGUCCCACUAAAGAGGACAUUGAGUCUCUUCACCAGCGCUACAUGGAGGGUCUGACUCAGCUUUUUGAGGAGAACAAGGAGAAGUACGGCAUCGAUAAAGACAAACACCUCAGAUUUAUCUGAAACCUGUCUGUCUGUCUACCUGUCUGUCUCUCAAACUGUCUGUCUACCUGUCUGUCUCUCAAACUGUCUGUCUACCUGUCUGUCUCUCAAACUGUCUGUCUACCUGUCUGUCUCUCAAACUGUCUGUCUCUCAAACUGUCUGUCUACCUGUCUGUCUCUCAGUCUCUGAAACUGUCUGUCUGUCUGAAGGCCUGUUGUGAAAUGUUAUGUGUGUGUUAUUUGAAACAUUUAAGAAAGUACGACCUACAAAAAACAAUUCUGGUGUUAAUUAAUAUGAGAAUGUGAAAGCUGGUGAUGUCGCGAGUGUAAACGAGAAUUCACAGGAGAUUGUUUUAUGUCUUACUUCAGUGCCUUUAGCCGUGCGUGCUCUAAGUGCCAGCGUGUGAUUAGUUAUUAGUUACGUGGUUGAAUAUAAACAUCGGUUUUGGGGAACACGUUGUGUGUGUGUUUGUGUUUUAAAAGCUGAAUUUUAACUUGUUUAAUGAGACCUCGAGUCUCCUGAGGAAAUAAAACUGUUCGAUUAGAAAUGUGUCUGAACAAUUGAAUAAAAUUUACAAUAUAUACGUUUAAAAUGAAAUACAUGACUGUGAAUAUUUUACAGACAUCAUUAUUAUAACAGAACAGAAGUUCUGAGCUGUAACACAUCUGGAUUUAAUAAAAGGUUUUUAAAUCGA